AUGAAUUAUCACUGUUCAAAACUUUGUUUGAUUGCUGUCAUUUUCGCCUGCCUGGCUCAGCACUGCUGGUGUUUGUCAGCCGUCCAGGUGAAGACAACACCUGAGCAGCUCGCCCUGCCGAGAGUCACCUGCUCUGCCCGGAGGAUAAGAGCUGUUUUUGGUCCGCUCAUCAAAAGUAAUAUACGUGUCAAAGACUCGACCGGGGCCACAGUCCCGGUGCCUCACUCUGAAGACUCCUGUGGCGUGAGACUGAUCACAGAGAAAAACCAGAGCCUCGUGCUCCUCAGCAGAUAUGACAGCUGCUAUGCACAGAUUGAGGGCAUCAGAGUGGUCAUCCCUCUGCAGGUACAGCUGACAGGAGAGGAUCGCUGGUUGGGGGUAAAUAUCAGCUGUCCGCUGAUACAGAGAUACAGCCAGAGGACUCGACUUGUCCCAACAUCUUUACCUGGAAACUGUGACAUCAAAAGAGCUCUACGAGUGGACUGUGGCCACCAAAGCAUUUCUAGUGAUGCCUGCUACACACUAGGAUGCUGCUUUGAUGCUCGUGAUCUAACCUGCUACUACAGACUCAAUGCCUGCUCCCUGGACGGACACUUUGUGUUCUCAGUAAAGGCCACAGACACGGACCCGCCCAUCGACCCCAGCAGCCUCAUAGUGAAGGAUCAGCCACAGUGUUUCCCUGUGGUCACCACCCCAGACUCGGCCGUCUUCAAGAUUGGAGUCAUGGACUGUGGUGCAAAGAUGAAAGUAGAUGGAGAGGUGAUGAUCUAUGAGUUGGAAGUGGAGGAGUUGCAUACCAAAAGUACAACCAAAAAUACACCAUUUACUCUCCAGAUCCAGUGUGAAUACGAGGCGUCAGAUUUAAAGCGUGCAGCAGACUUGAGGUCCUUGUACGCAGUGACCAACCCACCGCCUGUGGUUGCACUGGGGACCAUCAGAGUGCAGAUGAGAAUAGCCAAAGAUGCAUCUUUCACAUCCUUCUUUCCUGAGGACCAGCUUCCUCUCACCUUGCCCCUGCGCAAAGCUGCAUACGUGGAGAUUUCCAUCGCCCAGCCGUCCCCGGACCCCACACUUUCCCUGCGCGUACGGGAUUGCUUUGCAUACCCUGCAUCUAGACACUCUGUGUGGACGCUUCUCUAUGACGGAUGUCCCAACCCUUUGGAUAACAUGAGAAGCUCUGUCCCCGUGGACGACCAGGGUCAGACCACCUCCCGCUCCCAAGUCAGGAGGUUUGAUGUCAAGACCUUUGCCUUCUUGGACCCUCAUACGGGCCAUCCAAGUUUGGAAAAAAUGUACUUCUACUGUUGGGUGGAAAUCUGCACCAAUGAUGUGGACUGUGCGCAGCGCUGUGCCAUCAUUUGUGAGUAUUUUACAACGUCAUCAGAGGGAAAGAGACAGAGAAGACAGGCAACGUCUCAGACCGACCAGGUCCAGCUGGUCUCUUUAGGGCCACUGCUGCUGGGGCAGAACAACACUGAUCUGCAGGACGAUCUGUGUGCGAAACAGAGCACAACAUUUCAGGUGACCGUGUACAUGCUCUCUGGUGUUGGUGCUGCCCUGCUAUUGAUCCUGCUGUUCACUGCAUGGUCCAGCAUCAGGAAGUGGCAGAAGUCAAAAGCACAGGAAGCUUGUGAUGCACAAGUUGACAGUGAACAAUCUCAAUAA